AUGAAGUUCCAAGCCACGGCAUUGAUUGCGAUCAGUAUCGCUACCGCGACUUUUGCGGCUCCUACACGCAACCAGAACCAAGAUAUUGGCAACGUCAAGGCUGUUGAUCAGAAGCCAGAUGCUGGUUCAAGAGACGCGGGUGCUGCCAAGCGGCAUGUCAGCGGACUGGUAAAGGGUGUACCGGUAGCCGGUGACGCGGCCAGUGGCAUAACAGGGAAGCUCGGGCUCCGAUCUAUCCAGGCCGAUUCACCAGACGCUGCCUCUGGCAAGCCUCAGGGGGCUAUCAGCGAACUAGUCAAGGGUGUACCGGUAGCCGGUGACGCGGCUAGUGGCAUAACAGGAAAGCUCGGGCUCCGAUCUAUCCAGGCCGAUUCACCGGAUGCUACGUCUGACAAGCCUCAGGGGGCUAUCAGUGGACUGGUCAAGGGUGUACCGGUAGCCGGUGACGCGGCCAGUGGCAUAAUAGGAAAGCUCGGGCUCCGAUCUAUCCAGGCCGACUCACCGGACGCUACCUCUGACAAGCCUCAGGGGGCUAUCAGUGGACUGGUCAAGGGUGUACCGGUAGCCGGUGACGCGGCCAGUGGCAUAACAGGAAAGCUUGGGCUCCGAUCUAUCCAGGCCGAUUCACCGGAUGCUACGUCUGACAAGCCUCAGGGGGCUAUCAGUGGACUGGUCAAGGGUGUACCGGUAGCCGGUGACGCGGCCAGUGGCAUAACAGGAAAGCUUGGGCUCCGAUCUGUCCAGGCCGAUUCACCGGACGCUACCUCUGACAAGCCUUAG